ACCGGUCAUUCUUAAACAAUUAAUCCAAUUUGGGCAACCUCCACUUAGUACUUCUAUUCUCCUUGACUCAGCGCGAUAUACUAAAUCGGAACUCCCUGUUCGUCUUGCUCAUCGUGUCAAAGCUUUACAAAAACUUCCAUUUAUAGUAGGAACUAAUCCAUAUAUCAAAAAAAUUUAUCAAUUAUACUUUGAUUCAUUUGAAUUGAUUUGUAAUUUUCCUGAAAUUACCGAUGAGAAAACUGAUGACAAGUUUGCUGAAAUGUUGGCACAAAUAGUAGCAAGUCAUUCUGAGAACAUUCCUACAUUGGCUAAAGGAUUUCAAGAAUGUAAAAGAUAUAUGUCUGCACAAGAUAUAAAAGAUUUUCUUGAUGACAUGAUCAGUGCUCGUAUCGGAAUACGUCUUAUCGCAGAGCAACACAUUGCUUUACACAACGCAAAUCAUCCGAAUGUUAUUGGGAUCAUAGAUACUCGAACUAGUCCUGCAAAAUUAAUUCAAUCAUGUGCAAACUGGGUUCGAGAACUUUGUGAAGGUCAUUAUGGUUCCUCUCCAGAUAUAAUUAUUGAUGGGCAAACGGAUACGAGAUUCGCUUAUGUUCCUGUACAUUUAGAAUACAUAAUUUCUGAAGUACUAAAGAAUUCUUAUCGUGCCACUGUUGAGUAUAGUUCAAAAAUUGAUCGGAAUCGUCAUCCACCAAUUGUAGCUACAAUAUCAAAAGGUGAAAAUAAUGUUGGCAUUAGAAUUCGAGAUCAAGGUGGUGGUGUAGCUCCAGAUCAUUUGCCAUCUAUAUUUGAUUACUCUUUUACAACCGUACCUCAUGAUGAGGAUUCAAAUACUGCUGAAGUAGAUAAUAUAUUAUCAAACGUCUCUAGACGUGCCAUGCAGGCUGGGUUGGGUGGACCAAUUGCCGGAUUAGGUUAUGGACUUCCCUUAGCUCGUAUUUAUUCUACGUUUUUUGGUGGAUCAUUGAAUCUUGUAUCUCUUCAUACUUAUGGAUGUGAUCUUUUUUUGAAAUUGAAUGACAUUAGUAAAUCAUUGGACGAUUUAAUUUAA